AUGAUUGGAAUAGAUAUAAUGGGUCCAUUACCAAAAACUAAUAAAGGAAAUCGUUAUGUUAUAUUAAUUACAGAUUAUGCAACCGGUUUUGUAGAAGGAAGGGCAAUAAAAAAUAAAACGGCAGAAAAUGUAAAAAAAUUUUUAUUAGAAGUAUUUACACGUCAUGGUCCACCACAAGAAAUUAGAACCGAUUGUGGCUUGGAAUUUAACAAUGAAGUAAUAAAAGCACUUACUAGGGAAUGGGGGAUCAGAAUGAGACUAACUGCCCCUUACUCCCCUUGGAGUAACGGCAAAGCAGAAAGAACAAAUCAAACUAUUAUUGCCAAACUGGCUAAAAUUAUUGUAAAUGAAAAAGAUUGGGAUGAUAUGCUAAGUAUAGCAAUUUAUCAUUAUUAA